AAAUUUCCAGUUGCUUAUAUCAACAAAUUAUAGAACACUUGCAGAUUCAUUGAACGUUGGACCAAAAUGCCAAACAAAUACAAUAUAGAAGUUAAAGAGGAGCUUGAUAAUAGCGGCUUGUUCGAGCUAAUGGAAAGUAACGGAUCGUCGGACAUGUGGGAAUCGAAUAAUUUAACACCACCCUCGUGGAUGAAGGGCCUCACUCAGGAUGAUAUAAAUGCCAUGUAUCAACUUGGAGCGUUAUCGAAGAAUGGAUUGCUGGCGGAAAUCAAGAAAAUAUUUGACCAAGCGUACAACAUCGGGCUGCAGGAGGCAAAAGAAAUCACGAAAGGGAAAAAUUUGGAGAUUUUCUCCAAUUUAACCCGACGGAAGUAACUUAUUUGAUGUGAUUUUUUUUGCUUGCUUAUUCACGGUCGUAUAGAAUUAUAUGGUAGUUCUUUAUCAAUACAAAGAUAUACAAGCAAUAUUAGAUGGAUUUUCGAAAUAAAAUAUUACCGCUUAAACAAU